AGUCGGAACAUGGCAGUCUGAGCUGCUGGAAAUGUGUAAUCAGUUUGAAGCACCCUGCAGCGGGAUUUUAUGAGGCAGGAGGCGCUGACAUGCGUGUCUACGUUAUUAUAGCGGCUGUCUUUUGGUGUGGUUUUGUGGACUCGCGGAAAGUAAGAGGAAUAUCUUCAUCCUAUAAAAGGUUCUACAGGGAGAGGAGGUCGUUUCUGUGCAUAGAUGGGUCGAGAAUGAUCCCGUUCGAGCAGGUGAACGAUGACUACUGCGACUGCGAAGAUGGCUCAGAUGAACCAGGUACCUCAGCCUGUCCUCGUGGUCGAUUCUACUGCACCAAUCUGGGUUUUCGCCCGCACUACAUCCCGUCAUCACGAGUCAAUGACGGCAUCUGUGAUUGCUGCGAUGCUUCGGAUGAAUACAACAGCCACGCUCACUGCCAGAACACUUGCUGGAAUCUAGGACAGAGAGAGAGGGCAUACGUGGAGGGCCAGAUGAGGACCUUGGAUGAAGGUUUGCGACUCAAGCAGCAACUGAUUGAGGAGGGAGUGCUGCUCUGGAGGGACAAACAGGCUCAGCUCAGAGAGCUUCAGCAGGUAGCUGAAGACCUGCAGGUCAAGUUGGAGGAACACAGGAGGAGAAAGCACGAAGCCGACCGACUCAAAGAGCAAACGUUAAAGGCACUGGAAGCAGGGAACGGUGGUCUCAUCAGACAUCAGAACAGCUCAGUUACUGGCAUUUUCCACUUACUGGAUAGCAAUAAAGAUGGCAGUCUAACAGUGGAUGAAAUCAAGGCUAAAGUGGUGCUUGUCCAUGAUGAGCAGCGUGUUCUCUCUGAGGAUGAAGCGCUGGCUUUGCUGGACAGAAGUCACAGAAUGGAUCUCACUAAGUUUCAGCGCACACUCUGGGACGUCCUGACGAGAGGAGACACUGUCAAAAUCAAAGACACACACGGUGCUCCGGGCAGUCUUUCCAGUGAAGAUCCUCACUUAAAGGCAGCUGACAGAGCUGCAGAGCGGGAGGCUGCCAGUCUGAAGAUAGUGGAAGAAGCUUAUGAGACAGUCAACAUGGAAAUAAGUGAUUUGCAGAAGAAGUUGGCCAUAGACUACGGAACAGACUGGGAAUUUCUGUUUUUGAACGGCCAGUGUUACAAGCUGAAAGUAUACGAGUAUACUUAUACCCUGUGCCCAUUCAAUCAAGUUACACAAAGGAGCACUGCAGGAGCGGAGGUCUCAUUAGGGAUGUGGGGGAUGUGGACAGGAAAGCCAAAGAACCACUACAGUCACAUGGUUUAUGAGAACGGAGAACCCUGCUGGCAAGGAGGUUCACGCAGCACUACAGUCACACUGACAUGCGGAACGGAGACAGCCUUGCGAUCAGUGAAAGAGCCCAGCAAAUGCCAGUACAUCAUGGACUUUCAGACUCCUGUGGCCUGUCAGCCGGUGCUAAAGCAGCAGGGUAUACACAGUGAACUGUGACCCAUUCCCUUACUGGCCUAGCCCAGAAUAACUUGGACCCCUUCCUCUCUUCUGCUAGCCCGCGGUGACAGGCGGGGGUCCUGAGGGUCCCCUCUGACAUCUGUGUUGUCAGAACAUAUAUACUUCCAAGCAAGUCUGGCUAAGGUCAGCGUCUGGCUUUCAGUAACACUGUUCCUAGACCACUUCAGUUUUCAUUGAUUGUUACAGUGCUGCUUUCUUUGCUGUUACACUUUAAUAUCUAAAAGCAUUUACUGAAUGAUUUGGUUAACGCAACUUGUUCAACAUUACUGUAUAUUCCUCUAAGUGUUUGCACACAAGGCUCGCCAAGAUUACUGUGUAAAUAAUAGAAGAAAGUGAAACAAAAUUUAUUGUAGGGUCUAAAUACAUUUCUGCUAAUGUAAUUGCCAUUUUAAAUAACUGCUUAUUAAUAGGCACAAACAAAAGGACUGUGUCCUUUCUGUUAAUUAUUAUGGCUGCCUUAUAAAACAGCCUUCCUUAACUCAAAGAUAUGUCUGUGGAUAUAAUGUGUUUUAUGUUGAACAAAUUAAACUUAGAGAAUAAAUGAAAUGAUCUUCCCAAAAGGAACUGCAUGUUUAGCUGAAUCCUGGUGUAGCUUAACAUAAAGCUUCAUGGUCAUAUGAAAACUACCAAAAAAACCCAAAAAAACAAAAAAGGUGUUGCACUGGCUGAAAAUUUUCCUCAUUGUGGUAAAUAUGAGCUUUGUAGUUUAUCGUCCUACUGUAACAACUCAGUAGGAGUACCAAAUGUGUAGUGUAGUGUUCCACAGCUGAAAACACUCCUCAGUAAAUGUACCUUUUUACUCCUGAAACCUAAAAUAUCCAGUUUUUAUAGACUUUACUUACACAAGCCUUGAUUGGCAACCUCCAAGCAACCGCCGGUCACGGGGGGAGGGGUCCUUUUUUUCUCGAUUGCUUUGGUGGACUUUGACUUGCAAACACUCGCCAAAUACUAGCCAAGCGGUACUGAAACUUGAAUGCGCAAAGUAGAAAGUAAAAGUUGUGCCUUACUGCUGAAAUCAACAUGCUUCAACUUUUACUUAAAAGGCAAACAGUCUGUUUCCAGCUUGUGUCGCACUUUUCAUGGUGUUGCUACUGCUUAGUUGUUGAGUAUUUGCCAUCAAGACUGAUUUUCCAUGCAUACUUCGGGUGACCACAACUAUUUGUUAGCAACCAAAUCAAUUACAGAAAGGUUUUUGAUGCAGCAACUAAUAUCACUAAUAACAGCAAGCAACCUCCAGCAACCACUUGCCAAACAGGUGGAGAUUAUACAUUUUUCCCUAGCGUGGUUACCAGGUGUUCACUGACUGGUUUCUAGGCCUGCGUUCCUGGAGCUUUAGCAUUCAGUUUCACAGCAACUGCUAGCAACCUCCAGUAACCACUUGCAGACAGUCAAGGAAUGCUAUUUUUCCCUAGCAAGUGGUGGUUGCCAGGUGGUCCCCAACUGGUCUCUAGACCUGUGUGACUAUGACCUGAAGGAAUGCUCCAACAUCUUUAGAAAAUCAAACUACAGACUUUAUUACAGUAAGUACACCUGUUCAGCUGCUCAUUACAGCGAGUAUAUAAUCAGCCAAUCACAUGGCAGAAACAAACAAGUAUAUAGUAAAGUGAAUUAAAAAAAAAAAUUAUAAAACUUUGAGGUUUUCAUAAGCUCACAACUUAUCUCAAGUCCAUUUUAUAAAUGAGGUUUGAGGUGUGGUGAACAGAACUGCGCUAUAAGAGAAAUGAUGGGGAAUGUUUCCAACCACAAACUCAGCACUUUUUAUAGAUUACAGACACCUUCUCUGAGAACAAAUGAUCUAGGGGUGGCGGGCCUCCAAAUGGCGUGGAAGUCAGUAUUAAAGUAUUAAGAGAUGAUUUGGAACAUUAUUGGCUGAGGUCUGUCAUUUGUAUGAAGAGUAGCUGAAAUCAGCCAUAUCCUCAAUGCAGUGUGUUUUCACUGAAGACCA